ACAGAUUUAACGCUGAAACAGAAAGAUAGUCGUUGUUGAACUCUGUCCGGUCAAAAAAUAAAAGUCGGUCGGUUUUGAAACUGCCAAACGGCCUAACCCGAAUUGCCUCAUCUUCAUCCCCUAAAAGCAUAUUAAUUCCAUCUCACUGGAUUCUCUAGAUUUUGGUAACUAAGGGUUUACAAAGUUCUUCCCUUUUUCUGAUUACGAAUUGGGUAGUCUUACUAGAGAAUCUGUCGUUUAAUCUUGAAUUGCUGCAACUGAUGAAAUCGAAGUCUGGGUUUUGAUUCUGAUGAAUGAAGUGUGGUUGUUACCAGAACCUCGACUCUUGUUUAUCCUCUAACACUGCUGUCCACACACAAAGUCCAUAACCCAGAUGACGAUAAGCACCUGUAGCAUCGCUUUGCAACGCUUCCUUUUCACUCCGCCGCCUCAGAGCCUGAGCCAAGGUAGGAGAGAAGAGCUAAGAGCACCAAUGGAGGUUCGGUGCAAGGCCGGAGCAGUGCCUUUGAUGAAGCAAAGCCACAAGUUUCUCUCGUCCCUCUCUUCCCCUGCCUUGGCUGGAGAUCCCUCAGCUACAAACCGACACAUUAAGAAGUUCGUAGCUGCUUCCCCCAAGUCAGUGUCUCUCAAUGUCCUCUCUCAUCUCCUCUCACCUCACACUUCACUUCCCCAUCUCUCCUUCUUUGCUCUCUCUUUGUAUUCAGAAAUUACUGACGCUUCGUGGUUUGAUUGGAACCCUAAGCUCAUUGCUGAUCUUGUUGCUCUGCUCAAUAAGCAAGAAAGAUUCCACGAAUCAGAAACUCUACUCUCUACUGCCGUUACAAACCUCAAGUCAAACGAACGAGACUUUGCUCUCUUCCUCUGCAACUUGGCUGAAUCAAACUCUAAACAAGGGUCCGCACAAGGUUUCAAGGAAGCCUGCCUUCGUUUGAGAGAGGUAUUACAAACAUCGUCAUCAGUUUACGUCAAAACCCAAGCUUACAAGUCUAUGGUUUCUGGACUAUGCAACAUGGACCAACCUAACGAUGCUGAAACCGUUAUCGAAGAGAUGAGACUCGAAAAACUAAAGCCGGGGGUGUUUGAAUAUAAGUCUGUUCUAUACGGUUACGGAAGGUUAGGAUUGUUUGAUGACAUGAACAGAAUAGUGCAUAGGAUGGAGACAGAAGGUCACAGAGUCGACACGGUUUGUUCAAACAUGGUCCUGUCUUCCUACGGAGCUCAUGACGCUCUUCCCCAAAUGGGUUCUUGGCUACAGAGACUGAAGGACUUCAACGUUCCUUUGUCCUUAAGAACGUACAACACGGUCUUGAAUUCUUGUCCUACAGUCACAUCAAUGUUAAAAGACUUGAAUAGCUGUCCGCUCUCUGUUUCCGAAGUGCUUACUUUUCUCAAUGAAGACGAGGUGGUUCUGGUACGCGCAUUGACUCAGUCGUCGGUUUUACAUGAAGCCAUGGAGUGGAGUUCGUUAGAAGGCAAGCUGGAUCUGCAUGGUAUGCACUUGAGCUCGGCGUAUUUGAUAAUGAUGCAGUGGAUGGAUGAGAUCAAGGUUAGGUUUAGUGGAGAGAAGUGUGUGGUUCCUGCAGAGAUUGUAGUUGUCUCUGGCUCUGGAAAGCACAGUAGCGUGAGAGGAGAGUCACCGGUUAAAGCAUUGGUUAAAAAGAUGAUGGUUCGUACCGGAAGCCCUAUGAGAAUCGACAGGAAGAACGUUGGUUGUUUUAUUGCUAAAGGAAAAACGGUAAAAGAAUGGUUUUGCCAAUGAAAUUGUUUUAACUGUGAGUUUAAUCAUUGGGUUCACAAGUUUUAAUAGUAACUAGGUUCUUUUCCCAGGCUACGUCCGGGUUAUUUAUUUAUAAACCGCUUGCUAUUUAAAGAAAACUUCCGGUUUAAUGUGAAUAUACCAUAUUUUUGUUGGUUGAAUGUUAUAUAUAAUUUUUUCUUGCA